UCAUGGUGGCCUCGGCCCAAUGCUUGGAACGUGUCGGGCUUGAAUGUAGGUUUUUGGUCUGCUCACUGCGAAGAUUGGUUCCAAGGAUGUCUUUGCAACCUUCAAGAUGGGGUUUCUCAUAUGCGACAUUCGCUCACUAAGGACGCCAAUGGUCCAAUGACCUCCAUGCAAUGGAAGCGCUCCCUUAAAUUUCAACCUGCUACCAAUAAGAUCAUGCGCAAUGUUUCGGCAGCAAGUUAUGAUUUCAUGACAAGAGCAUCAGGUAAGAGCUUUCUCACUCUCUUUCUCAUUCACGCUCACGAGGUUUGCAUAGUUUGGGAGACUUAG